ACAUCUCAGAUUUCCGCUCCCUCAGGCGCGGUGAUUUCUGCGCAGACACCAUCAAAAGCAACCAGGAACUGAUGAGGACGAAUCCCGGAACACCGCGGCCAUGUGAGCGAACCCUGGCUGUGCCAUGGGCCCGCCCCCUUGCGAAAGCAACAUCCAUCGUCCGGUGCUGCGGCGUCGCGAUCAACAACUAUGUCGCGUUGACCAGAGCGCCGGGAGAAACUGGGGUACGGAGGUACCGUUGCGGUCGCCGGUGGUCAUCACACCACCAACGCCUCCGGAAGGGCUUCCGUCUGCAUGGAUUCAGGUGAUAUCGACUCUGCGGACACCGGGAGCCCCUCCCGAGGUUGGGUAUGAUUGCACCCUGAACAGGGGCCGUCUGUUCCUCGGCGUGGGGUGCACAGUUCCAGCCACGGAGGCGGCGUCAUGUGAGGAGAUUGAGGGACAUGAUUUCUCCGGAGAAGGCCUCGGCGACUUGCUAUGUGCGCAGCGUUCCUUACAGAGAAGGAAUGAUCGUGAUAAACAGCUGGACGCUGUGAUAUUGGCCAAUUGUGGCAAUAAGCGCUGUGGGAAGCUGGCCGCUGCAAUCGGAAUGAGGCCCCUGUGGACGGGGGGAUCACGAGGUCAGCAGGAACGGGAAGCGAGAAACAUUCACCUGCAAGACUGGAACCUGGGCUGGGCGCCCACUGGCCACCACAGAGUCAUCCAUCCGGGCUGUGUCAGCACAACAUCGACCGUGGCCGUCAAUUCGACCACAGCCCGUGUUUGAACCUGAGGGUCAGCUAUCCGUAGUUACUGCUGGGCCGGGCUGCUGUUGCCAGUCGGUGUUCGCACUGCUCUCUGGCAGCGAUGCGAUUGGGUCGCAAAUCGUCGCUCGGCUGCACGCAUUGCUUCACCUUGCCUCGGCCGACUGACGGUAACCAGCGAAUCGAUUAGAGCGAGCAAUGAACCGAGUGUUGCUCGUGAUCACGGCUGGCAGGGUCAUCACACAG